AGUAUGGUACGCAUCGUUGAUGUCGGGUAUUCACUCCUCAGCGCAAAUGACACUUCGCCAAUGGACCUGAAGCAACUCACAGAGAUUCAAGGCUCCAUUCUUGCUUCUGACAAGGGGGUUGAGUCGAAGCCUUCCUCCCUUCAGGCAGCUCUCAGGUCUGCGCAAGAACGAACUUCAGAGUUGGAACGAGCGAACAAAGACCUGCGGGAGCAAGUGCAGGAAAGAGACCGAGAGAUCGAGAGGCUGCGACAUGAGGUUCGGCUGCUCCGCUCCAAGACCAACAUCUCGUUGGAUCAGAACCAAGAGACUUCCGAUCGGGUCUGCGAGCUAGAGCAAGAGAGCAUUGUUCUCGCCUGCAAGUACAGGAGCGCAUGCCGAAGAAACGAAAUGCUCGAAAACCGGCUGAGGAUGUUGAUGGGAAAGCAAGAAGACUUGGGUGUUGAGGAACAUAGAGAAGGAGGAGAUCGUUCAGCAGGACUCUGGAAGGCUCCGUUCGAGGAAGCAGAGGAGAAGGCGGUCGUGACGGCAUUGGAGUCGCUGAACAUCGAGGACUGCAGGAGGCCGUGUGCUCAAACGAGCAUCGAGAGCCGAACAAAAGCAUGGGUGAUGUCGAUCAGGGAAGACUUGGAACAUGUCGAGUCUGAGUUGGCGUUGGAUCCUUCAGAAGCAUUUCCAGAUAGCGUCAGCUGGCUCGAAGAUUCUGCUCUCAGUGAGAGCAGUGCGGAGAGAUACGACUUUGAGCGAGAGGAAGACGUGAGGUACGCCUACGACAAGAAGGAUGGGCCCCUCCCCGUUGAGCUCACGCCGCAAUCUUGUUCCUUGCGCGCGAACCCCAUGACAGGAGGCUUCACACGAGCCGCGUGGAAGACGCCAGGGAUCGGAACGAGGGGGUCCGGAGAAACAGGAGCGAACUACGCGGGAAUCUUCUCGUCGCUCUUGACCAGCAGUGCAGUUCACAAGGCACGGCGGAAGCAAAGUGACAUCAUCGCAUUUGAGGACUGAAGGCUUCGGUCGCUAUCGCUACUUCCUCCUUAUAGUGUAAAUCCCGCAAGACGUCUG